AUGUCUGCCAAAUUGAUCCUUCCCGCCCUCAGUCUCUUCACCCUCUAUGCCAUUUGGUACUAUGCCGACGCCAAUGGCCUUCUCGAACUAGCAAGGCAAAGCAUCGAGCGCAAAACACUCCCAGGCAGCGAUGCGCCUCUACGAACCGUCUACACCGGUCUCCCUCGACUGGACCACCUGCUUACCACCUUGACUACCUUUUUCUGGCCUACCACCGAUGGAAGCCACCCCGCCUUGACUCUCCAUACGCUCGGAUUCGCAGGGACAUUCGGUUCCGCCUGGAUCCUAAUAACCCUAGAAUCAUGGCGACAAGGGAAUGCUUGGACCCUGGCAGCAUAUCCCUUAAUAUUUGGCCUCUCCGCCCAAACCCUAACCUUCGCCUUCGCAGCCCCUCUCUACUGCGCCCUGCAACUCACUACUUCCACAACCUCCACCUCUCCCACAGCAACCAACAUCCACAUCCCCAAGACCAUUCUCACCACCCUCCCCCUAGUUUUCACCGUCUCCUACAUCAUCCCCAGCGCCUUAAUGGUCCUCCCCAUCUCCUCAACCAUAACAACCGACCUAAAACAACUCUUCAUCGCCCUCUGGCAACCCUUCCCAGCAUACAUCUCCAUCCUUCUCACCCUCUCCCACACCCUAUUCUCCCCAUUCACAUCGACCCCUAAACCCACCCAGAAGAACCACAACCUCUCCUCCCUCCGAUUCAUCUACGCCUUUGCCUUCUUCAACACCCUAAUCCCCCACCUCGUCACCCUCACCGUCUCGCUAUCUACCAUUCUCGCACCUGCUAUCCUCUCCCCAAAAUACAGGACCUCCUUGCACCCCAGUAUUGUCUUCGGGAUUCCCACGCCCUGGACAUCGCCUGUUAUACAGGUGGCUAGUGUUGGAGACGGGGUGCAUGCGUUCCUGAGGUGGGAUUACUUGAUUGGGUCGGCGGGGAUGGUGGUUUGGGCGUGGAGGUUGUAUGGGAAUGCAGUGAGGAUAGAUAAAGGUGGUGCAAUGGGGUGGUGUGAGUGGGUGUCGUUGGUGGUGAGGGUCGGGUUGUUGGGGAUUGUUGCUGGGCCGGUGGGGGCGGCGGUGGUGUUGGUUUGGGGGAGGGAUGAGAUGGUUUUCGGGAGGGGGGAAAAGGGGGGUGAGAAGGCGAGGUAG